AUGAAGUCAUCUGCUGUGUCAGCUUCUAAUGAUAACACCUCCACCCCUGCCUUCUUCAUCCUGGUCGGCAUCCCGGGCUUGGAGGAUGCUCACAUCUGGAUCUCCAUCCCUUUCUGCUUGAUGUACAUCGUGGCCCUGCUGGGAAACUCUCUGCUGAUAUUCAUCAUUGUCAAGGAGCGAAGCCUCCACGAGCCCAUGUACGUGUUUCUGUGCAUGCUGGCAGUUGCUGAUUUGCUGUUAUCUUCCAGCAGCGUGCCAAAAACUCUGAGCAUCUUCUGGUCCAUCUCCAAGGAGAUCUCUUUCGAGGGCUGCCUCACCCAGUUGUUCGUUAUACAUUUCAUUUUCGUGGCCGAGUCAGGCAUCCUGGCAGCCAUGGCGUUCGAUCGCUACGUCGCCAUCUGCAACCCCCUGAGAUACACGGCAAUACUGACUCGCUCGGUCAUCGGGAUAAUAGGGGCAGCUGCCCUUGUUCGAAGCUUCUGUUUGAUAUUCCCAGCCAUUCCCAUCUUGAAGCAGCUGCCGUAUUGUGGCCACAAUGUCAUGCCUCACACCUACUGCGAGCACAUGGGAGUGGCCCGGCUCGCCUGUGCUGAUAUAACAUUCAAUAUUAGGUGCGGCAUCACAAUUGUCUUCCUCUCAGCAGGAUUAGACACCAUCUUCAUUGGGGUCUCCUAUGUGCUGAUCCUCCGGACUAUCGCACGUCUCCCCUCCAAGGAAGCCCAUAUGAAGGCGCUAAACACCUGCGGCUCUCACAUUUUUGUGAUAUUCAUGUUUUACACCCCUGCCUACUUCUCCUUUCUGACCCACCGGUUCGGUCACCACGUCCCAAAGCACCUUCUCAUCUUACUGGCCAACCUUUAUGUCAUCAUCCCCCCCACAUUAAACCCCAUUGUCUACGGGGUGAAAACGAAGCAGAUUUGGGAAUGUGCGAUCCAGAUGUUCGUAAAGACAGGGUCCAAAAUUAACUGGAUAUUCAAUAAGCACAAGUGCAAAGUCUUGCACUCAGGACAGAACAAUGUCAGGCACAAAUACCGGGUGGAGAACAUCUGGCUAGACACGCAAUACUGCAGAAAAUGGCCCCGAAGGAUAUAA